GAAUCCACAUCUACAUUUAUAUUUAUUAAUUUAUCCUCGAUAACAUUUUAAAAAAGGUACCGCCCCAGUGACAGCUUUGAAGCGUUUUUUUUUUCAAGAGAGAGGAAGUGUUGUUUAACACACUGGGCGUGCUCUUAUUCAGUCUGGAGGAAGACUGGAGACAGUUCACAUUGGUAUCAGCUUGCUCUCUACACAACUUUGUGAUGAAAAUGUUUCACACAUUGGCUUUUUGCUGUUUGUGCUGUUACCACUCAGUUGGUGUGUUUGGUGUUCAUGCAUUGGAGUCAGUGUCGGUUCUGGAGGAAGAUUCAGUCUCUCUCGACUCUGGUUUAACUGAAAUAACGGAUGUUGAUCUUAUUAUGUGGAGGUUUGGAGCUGAAAACACUUUAAUAGCUGAAAUCGAUGUAAUGGUCGGCAGUGCUACUUUAUAUGAUCAUGUUCUUGAUGAGAGAUUCAGAGACAGACUGAAGGUGGAUCAUCAAACUGGAUCUCUGAUCAUCACUAACAUCUCAACUCUACACACUGGAGAAUAUCAACUACAGUCCAGCAGUGUGAGAAAGAGCUUCAGUGUCUCUGUCCACACUCGUCUUCCUGUUCCUGUCAUCAGCAGUAACUCUUCACAGUGUUCAUCAUCAUCUUGUUCACUGAUGUGUUCGGUGGUGAACGUGGGUCACGUGACUCUCUCCUGGUACAAAGGAAACAGUUUAUUGUCCAGCAUCAGUGUGUCUGAUCUCAGCAUCAGUCUCUCUCUACCUCUGGAGGUGGAAUAUCAGGAUAAAAACACCUACAGCUGUGUGAUCAACAACCCCAUCAGAAACCAGACCACACAUCUGAACAUCAGUCAGCUCUGUCACACGUGUUCAGAAGUCCAUGUUCACAGUUGUGGCUCUGUUGAAGCUGUGAUCCGAUUGGCCAUCUCUUCUCUGGUGGGCGUGGCUACUGUGGCUAUUGUGAUUUAUGAUUUUAGUGGCUAAAAUGAGAGAACAGGUAGUACAAAUAUGUUUCUUUGACAGUUAUUUGAAUUUGAAUUAUUAUAUAAAAUACAAAAUCAACAAGAACUUUAAUAUGUGCUUGAAAACAUAUUAAAAAACAUACAUGCUUUUUUAUACUAUAUUAAUCCUUGGCAUGGCAUUCAAGUAUUCUUCUAACUUCUAAAUUUAUCACUUCUUAUACGCUGCCUAGUUUUGGCAGAGGCUAUUUGCACUGAGUAAAAAUAGAUUCUUUUCUUAGCAUAGAUGCAAUUUACACUAAGCGCAAAUAGCAGCAUUUUCUGCUAUACUGCUUCUUGCAAGUGGCUAUCAUCUGCACCUCAGUAUUGAAGUACAUUAUGAAACAGAAUGCAACUUAUUGAGUGUAAAUGUUCAUUUUAAUUCAAAAUGACGGAGCUAGUGUAAAUAGCCUCUGCCAAUAAGACAGCCAUUGCACUUAAGUAAAAACAUAUAUGGACUGUCUAUUUACACAGUUUUUAGAAAUACAGUACCGUUCAAAUGUUUGGGGUCACCCAGAAAAUUAUUCUCCAUAAAAAAAAUAAAAAAAAUCACUUUUAUUUACCACGAGUUGUAAAAUGAAUAGAAAAUAUAAGGUUAGAAAUAAUGAUUUGUGUUUGAAAUAAUAUUUUUUCCCCUCAAACUUGGCUUUCGUCAAAGAACCCUCCAUUGGCAGCAAUUACAGCAUUGCAGACCUUUGGCAUUCUAUCUGUUAAUUUGUUGAGGUAAUCUGAAGUAAUUUCACCCCACACUUCUAGAAGCCCCUUCCACAAGUUGGAUUGGCUGGAUGGGCACUUCUUGGUCAAGCUGCUCUCACAACAGCUCAAUGGGGUUUAGAUCUGGUGACUGCGCUGGCCACUUCAUUACAGAUGGAAUACCAGCUGCCUGCUUUUUCUCUACAUGGUUCUUACACAAUUUGAAUGUGUGCUUAGGGUCACUGUCCUGUUGACAGUGGAUGAAACUGGCUUCAAUCAAGCGUUGUCCACAGGUUAUGGCAUGGCGUUGCAAAAUGGAGUGAUAGCCUUCCUUAUCCAAAAUCCCUUUUACCCUGAACAAAUCUCCCAUCUUACCAGCACCAAAGCAACCCCAGAUCAUCACGUUACCCCCACCAUGCUUGACAGCUGACAUCAGACACUCUUGCAGCCUCUUUUGAGUUGUUCUUCGUCUCACAAAUGUCCUUCCAAACACCUCAAACUUUGAUUCGCCCGUGCAUAACACUGUUUCCAAUCUUUCUCUGUCCAAUGUCUUUGUUCUUUUGUCCAUAUUAAUCAUUUUCUUUUAUUAACCAGUGUCAGAUAUGGCUUUUUCUUUGCCACUCUGCCCUGAAGGCCAGCAUCCCGGAGUCGCCUCUUCACUGUAGAUGCUGACACUGGCGUUUUGCGGGUACUAUUUAAUGAAGCUGCCAGUUGAGGACCUGUGAGGCAUCUAUUUCUCAAUCUAGAGACUCUAAUGUACUUAUCUUCUUGUUCAGUUGUGCAGCAGGGCCUCCCACUUCUCUUUCUAGUUUGGUUAGAGCCUGUUUGUUCUGUUCUAUGAAAGGAGUAGUACACACAGUUGUAGGAAAUCUUGAGUUUCUUGGUAAUUACUCACAUUGGAAUAGCCUUAAUUUUUAAUCACAAGAAUAGUAUGUCAAGUUUAAUAUGAAAGUUCUCUUUUUUAGUGAGUUAGUGAGUUCUCUUUCUCUUUUUUUGGCGUUUAAUCGCCCCCACAAAUGUGAUGCUCCAGAUACUCAACCUGCUCAAAGGAAGGUCAGUGUUAAAGCUUCUCUAACCAGCUAAACUGUUUUCAGCUGUGCUAGCAUGAUUGAACAAGGGUUUUCUAAUCACCCAUUAGCCUUCUGAUGCAAUGAGCGAACAUGUUGUACCAUUACAGCACUGGAGUGAUAGUUGCUGGAAAUGGGCCUCUAUACACCUAUGUAGAUAUUGCACCAAAAAACAGGCAUUUUCUGCUUGAAUAGUCAUUUAUCACAUUAGCAAUGUAUAGAGUAUAUUUCUGAUUAGUUUAAAGUUAUCUUCAUUGAAAAAAACAAUGCUUUUCUUUAAAAAAUAAGGACAUUUCUAAGUGACCCCAAACUUUUGAACGAUAUUGUACGUUUUUUUUAUACAUUUGUAAACUGUUUUUUUUACAAUCUUACCAUAAUUAUUGUCCUUUCUCAAUUCUCUUUUUGUGAAUAAUAACACUUGUUUAAGUCUGCGUUAUCACUGUGCACCUCAUGAUACAAUAUAUGUGUCUACAAUACAUUAUGCGUUAUAUACUGUAUAAGAAAGUGUAUUUACUUUUAGAUGAAAAACACAUUACAAGUGCAUUAAUGAACAUACAUAAUCACAGACUAAUUGCAUUUAUGAUGCAUUAACACUUGCCAUUUUGGAGAAUACAAGUUGAAAUGAAAAUGCUGAUAAAUAUAUCAAAACAAGUGAACUUAUUAAAAACGCAAUAAAAAUGUAAAAAUUAAAAAAAAGUUUUUAAGUUUUUUAAAGUUAUUGUCCAGCAUCAGUGUGUCUGAUCUCAGCAUCAUUUUUUUAAACACCAUCCAAUCUGUUACUUUGUAUAGCUGCAAAAAAAUUUAAUUUUUAAUUUCUAUUGAAUCAUUAUGUAAAUCAUUAUUAUACAUUAACAAUCACAGCAUUUCUUACACAAGAAGCAAUCAUUAUCAUACAUAAAUAUCAUAAAUAUUUUUAGUUUUGUAUUCCCUAAGUUGCUGUAAUGUAACGGAAUUAAAAGGGCAGAUGAAAAAGAAAUGUAAAAUGGAUGGCAUUUAAAAAAAUUAAAUAUUAAUGUAAUACAUAACUUAAAGAUUAUUAAUCCUUUUGGCCACUAGAUAACCCACUUUAGCCAGCCCACUUAAAAGUGCCUAUUGACAACAUGUAGUCUUUUUAAUAUAUAAAAUUUUACUGUAGUUGUUCAGUAUAUUUUUACUGUGUUUGUAUAAUGUGUUAAUUUCACACAAUUGAUUAUAACAGCCCUUUGAUUCUACAGGGAUGUUAACCUAAAGGACGUAUAAAAGUUAUUUUGCUCAAAAAGUUUUGAACUUUAGCACACUAGACAUUGAGAAUCAGUGUAUGAAUCUCAGCGAAUGUGAAUUCAUAAAAACAGAUAAAAAGAUCAACUCUGACCAUCACAAGCAGUGAAAGUUUACUGUUUGUCAGCAUUAUUUACAAAAAGUUAAGUCUUUUUUAAGUCUUCUUCUUUAUCCAGCCAAUUUCUUGUAAGAUGGAAGUCAGUUAGGUUGUGUUUUUACUCUCUUUUCUCCUUUUUGUUCUUCUUUCUCUUUUCUUCAGUGUUGCGCGAUAUACACUAAUGCUAAAUCAGCUCUUAAUAAAAUCACUUAAUUAUGCAGAAAUGAGUAAGUGUUACUUUAAC